CAUCAUCUAACGAAAUGAAAGGGGGUACUGUGUGGAAUGAGAAACUUGAGGGGCACAACUCCACAAAUCUAUCUUCUGGAAGAAAUGAACUUGCUCCAAAGCUUAUUGCUUCUACCUCCACUCCUGAUACCAAUGUAAUCUCUGAGCAACUGUACAAUUGUCAUACACCAAAUGUGAUUCCAGGAGUUCUUACUGGUGAAGAUUUUGAAGUAUCCAUGCUGUCUGAGCUCAAUGAAUAUUAUUUAACUCAGCGUCACUCUGUUAAAGGCUGGAAAUCUUAUAAAAAAAAGGACAGGCAGCCAAAUUCUGUUGCUGAGCAUGGUGCAUCUCGGCAUCUUCUCUCUUUUCUAGAGGAGCCAGACCAAACAGAUAAGGAAAAGUUUUCAAAGCUAAGCAUGGCUUCCAUAGGUUUUGCAAAGGAUUCACAAACAACAGAAUUUGCAGGUAUUCAGGCACACUCUGUUGGCAUGGUUACAGGAAAUGAUAUGUUGAAGCCUCGUGAAUUUCCAUUUCCAGCUAGUGGUAAUAAUAAAAUAUUUUGUCCAGCAGUCAAUGAAUCUAGAUCCAUUGGGAUUAAUUGUGAAGGUAUUAUUUCAAAAAGCUGUUGUAAGAGAACUGCAGUGAGUAAAAUUGGGGAGAGUAUAUCGAUCUCUGAUGAUAGCCAGACCAAUAUAGGAUAUAACCUUGGAAGUGAGUCAGAGUCCAAGCUCAGUCCUGUCAGUGGCUUUGAUGAAAGUGCUGAUUCAAUAGAAGAAGUUUGUUUACCAGAUGAGGACAGUUUGAUUACAGUAGAUGACUUCAUACUUCCACAAGACUCCACAUUUUCAGCUGAAGGUGGUUCAGUUAAAUCUGAUUUUUUUACCGUGAAUUCCCAGGUUGAUAAUUCUGAUGAGCUAGAAGCUCUUAGUCUCAACCGUGGUGAGGAAAUAUAUACUGAACUUGCUUUGGAUGGUCCUAUUUUUGAUUCUUACGAUGUGCUGGGUUUGGAGACUUCUUAUCAAAGUAUGCAUAGCAAGCAAUCUUUUUCAUCAUUUGACCAACACCAUAUAAAUCCAGUGAAGGUAUUUUUCAGAUCUUCAGAUGCUCAAGAAGUUCAAAUGAGUCAUAAGACAAGGCCCUUAGAUUCAAAGAACUAUCUUUAUAAUCCACAACCACUCCAUCCUUUUUCUACAAAUGUGCUUUCUGGUCAUUUCCAGCACCCUCAAGCUGACCAAAGGAGGUUUGGACAUCCUAUCAAUAGUCCACCAGUACAGCAGAUGCCCACUCCAAGCAAAUCUUCUCCUCACCAAGUUGGUGUACUGCCAAGAGGUUCACCUUCUCUUCAUCCCAGUAAUGAAAUGAAUUGCUAUACUCAGGAGCUACUAUACCCAACACAAAAUCUUCCAUUAUAUUAUGGACAACAAUACUAUCAGGGCCUUGACAUGCCAAUUGCAGGUCAUAUUGUCGGUGGAAUCAGUGAUAAAGCAGCCUACAAUAGGCUCUUGGAGAUGGAAGUAAGAUCAAGGCAGGCACAUCCUCUUGCUGUGGCUGGUCAUGGUCACAAUUCAGAAAUCUUCAGCAAACAGGUGGACAUGGGAUUUUGGUAUGGAAAAUAAACAAUUUGGCUGAAUAUAGAUGUGCUACAUGAGUUCAACUUUAGCAUGGAUGUUAAUCUCUUUGGUGAUACUGGAUAUUUGACUUCCAUAUUUUUAUUUUUUACUACAAUUUAAACUGAGAUCGAA